GUCCAGGUCCAGCUCGGCCCGAGCGCAUGACGCUCCAGGCGGCCCCGUCAUGCGUCUCCCAUGCGAGCCCGGCACCCACUCCCUACGACUCCUCUUCCUCUUCAUCUUCGUGAUGGGGGCGGCGCCCUCGCCGGCCGUGACCGCAGGCUGCCCCGACAGGUGCGUGUGCGACGACCAGCUGGUGGUCCAGUGCGCCGGGCAGGACCUGGUCUUGUUCCCCAGCGACCUGCCCCUGGCCACACGGCAGCUCAUCAUCUCCAACAACCGGAUCGGAGACCUGCCGGCGCUGCAGCUCAACUACUUGUCUGAUCUGGUCUACUUGGACUGCAGCAACAACUCCCUCGCCGAAAUCUCAGAGUCCACCUUCGGGAACUUGCGCAAACUGGCCUACCUGGACUUGUCCUUCAACACCCUGCUGCAGAUCGAGGACCGGACUUUCGGGCCGCUGGCGUCCCUGGUCAUGCUGCGGCUGACGGACAAUCCCGGUCUCGGGGAGGUCCACCCGGAUGCCUUCUCUGAGAACAUGGCUCUGCAGGUUCUGGACGUGAGCCGGAACAACCUGACGGUCCUCAACAUCAGCGGGCUGAUCGCUCUGCCGGCUCUGAGGUCUCUGGGCCUCAGCGGGAACCCGUGGAAGUGCGACUGUGACACCGAGGACCUCUGCCUUUGGGUCCAGAUAGAAGGCUUCAAAUUCCAAGACGAGGGCCAGACCGUUUGCCACGGCCCCCCCGAGCUGGCGGGCCGGCGUCUGGCCGAGGUGGGCAUGCAGCUGCGGGUGGACUGCCACCAAGGCCUGGGCUACUGGGACUACCUCUUCUUCGUCGCCAUCGGCUUCAUCAUCUUCUCGGCGGGCACCGUGUCGGCCUGGGUGAUGGGCGUGCUCAUGGUGCUGUACGAGCGCUACAGCAAGCGCAGGAGCGAGGAGCUGGACAGCGACGACGAGGACGACCGGGGGAAAGGACGAGGAGGAGGGAACCAUGGCAACGGGGACGUGAGCAAGCCUGGCAUGCAGGUUUGAUCGGACCCGUGACCCCCCAGACCAAAGACUCUGCAAACGCUACACGUUUAGAUACUGCGGCUACGCUCCUCCAAAUAUUGGACUGUGUGUGUGUGUGUGUGUGUGUGUGUGUGUGUGUGUGUGUGUGUGUGUGUGUGUGUGUGUGUGUGUGUGUGUGUGUGUGUGUGUGUGUGUGUGUGUGUGUGUGUGUGUGUGUGUGUGGAAGGGUGGGCUGGUUUUAAGGAUGCCUUCAACUCUGGAAUACAGGAAAUGACCAUGAGAGUAUUGACAGCAAUAAGUAGCCCCGACCCUUUUUUUUUUUUUUUUUUUAAGUAAAACCUGCAAUUUCAGCACAUGUCAAUACAGUAACAAUUAAAUUCAAUUAUAUAUAUUUUUUUACGCCAAUUUGUUCACUUUUUUUGUUUUUAUCAUACAUUCCAAAAAGUCAAAAUGCAUUUUUGAGACAAUAUUUCCAUUUGUGGACAGAUUUCAAAUGUAAUUACAUUUCUUAUGUCAAUAUGUAAUAUGCGCUUUUUCAAAUGUAUUGUCUUUUUUUUUUUCCUUAAUAAAAAAAAAAAGCAACAUGCUCCUCUCGAUAAAACCCCAGUUUUGACCCACCCUGGUCGUUUGUACUGCCCUAUCAAAUUAAAUCAAAUUCAAUUCAAUUUAAUUAAACACUACACUCUUACAUUGUUUUAUUACUAUUUUUUAAUUAAUUUGAAUCAUUUUUAUUUUUUAUUUUAAUGUUUUAAAUUGGAUUUAUUAAAUUAGUACACCGCUUAAUUUUAUUUUUAUUUUAUUGUUCAAAAUGUAAUUGAAUAUAAUUUAAUUAGUAAACCC